AUGGAAGGUGGAGCUGCCCAAAUGGUCGUCCCGAUCCUCGGCAUCGUUGCCGCGGCCGCCGUGACCUUCUACACCGUCAGCUUCAUGGAGAUGCGAGACAAAUCUUUCGAGGAGCUCGACGAGAAGUACUCGGAGUUCGACGAGUCAGGCGGACGGCAGCGCCGGUCACGCCGGAGGGCCGAGCGCGACAGGAAGAGAGCCAAGUGA